AUGUUCAUGCCUUCCCGACGUCCAAAAGUCAUGAUUCUUAUAUGGAAAGAUAGAUAUUUGAGUCGUGACCCGCGGCGAAGUGGAAAGAGGUCAUUUGGAUCACUCGUUGGACCGGAACUUAUUUUCUACCAAGACAUGUCCGACGAGCGCCUAAGUAGAGCCCAUGGAGACUUUGAUGGAUCAAGAGGCCCGGAUACCGCGCCCAAGGCCUUGGCUCAUCUUGACACUAGCAUAACUCAAUCCAGAAGCUUCCAUUGGCCUGAACGGCCCAUUCAAGAACUUGGAGAGCAAGCUCAAGCGGCUAAAGAGAAAUGGAAACUUUCCUCUUCUGCGCGCGCUCAACUUUGCCGACCUAGACCCGCUCUCUACCUAUAUAUACUUGCUUUUAGCCUCUUGUAA